CCACGGACGCGCGUAUAGGGGCGGAUUUGCCAGCUGUAGAUGAUCUAAUUGAAAGCAGCGCGAGGAGUGAAGUAGUAUGUGGUCUUGAACAUAGACUGUAAGCUUGGUAGGUAGGCGGCGGAGCCAUGGCGGACCUUGUGGUGGGCAUGGCCAAGUCGGUGGUGGAUGGGGCGCUGACCAAGGCCCAGGCGGCGAUCGAGGAGGAGUCCAAGCUGCGGCAGAGCGCGCAGCGCAAUCUGGUGUUCAUCACCGGCGAGUUCCAGAUGAUGCAGGCCUUCCUCAACAACGCCGACAGCGACCGCCUGGAGAAUCCGGUGGUGCGGACCUGGGUGCGGCAGAUCCGCGACCUGGCCUACGACGUGGAGGACUGCAUCGAGUUCGUCGUCCACCUCGACAAGAACAACAGCUGGUGGCUCCGCCUUCUCAACCCCGUGAGCUGGCUCCUCGCGCCCUGCCUGGAUCUCGCGCCGCUGCCGCUCGACGAGGCGGUCGACGAGCUGGACCGGCUCAAGGCCAGGGUGGAGGACGUGAGCAGCAGGAACACGCGCUACAGCCUCAUCAACGACUCCGGCUCCAAGCCCGCCGCCGCCGCCGACGAGCACGACCCGGUUUCCUCCUGCGAUGCUGUCGGUGGCGCGAUGGCGUUCAACAGGCUCUUCGAGGCGGCAUUUAGAAUCACCCAAAAAGGGGAACUCACCCAGCUGCUCCCCAAGAAAGACCAUGACCUCGGAGUCAUCUCCAUCUGGGGCACCGGCACCGGAGGCGGGGAAGAUCUUGGGAUGGCAUCCAUCGCCUGGAACGCCUACGUUGAUAAAGGGACCUGCCAAAACUUCGUCUGUCGUGCCUGGGUGAAGCUGAUGCAUCCCUUUGAUCCCCACCAGUUCGUCAGGUCUUUGACGGCUCAGUUCUAUGCAGCUUCCUCCUCUCCUGGCGAGGAGCACGCGACCUCCGUAGGUGGUGUACGAGUCCUGAUGAAGAUGGAGGCCGCGGGAGGAGGAGAACCCCUCAAGGAUUUCGAGCAGCUUGUCAUGAACAAUAGGUACCUCGUUGUGCUGGAGGACGUGUCCUCCAUGGCAGACUGGGAUGCUAUCAGGAGGUUCUUUCCAAACAUGAAGAAUGGCAGCUGCAUCAUCUUGCCUACCCACCAAUUCGAGGUAGCAAGCUUGUCCGUUGGACAUCCAUACCAAGUGCUGCAUCUCAACCAGCUAUCAGCAGAGCACUCUGUUUACGCCUUCUUUACAAAGGGGUCUCGAUAUGAUGUGGAUCAAGGCAGGGAAAUCAAUAAUGCACCUGCCAGCAAGAAUGUAUCAGUCGGCAACUGUAAGGAGGAAGCAGCCAAGAAGUGGAUGAACAGGCAUCCUCUUGUUGGACGCGAGUCGGAAAUGAAGGAUCUUGCUCUAAAGGUAAUUAAUGCACGGUACAAGAGCUACCAAGUUAUGUCCGUGUGGGGAAUAGCUGGCGUUGGAAAAUCAGCUCUCGUCAAGAACAUGUUCUGCGACAGAAUUUGUAUAGGCACCCUAUUCCAGAAGUAUGGUUGGGUGGAUGUAUCACAUCCUUUCAAUUUAUGGAACUUCUCUCGAAUCUUACUUUCCAGUCUUGGUUCUGAAUAUCUUCAAGCCGGUGAGACUGAGGACUUGUGUACGAUGGGAAGCCGAAAUCCCAUUGUCGAGUGUCGUGAGAUUCUGAAAAAGCAUAGAUGCCUGGUUGUUAUUGAUGGACUGCAGUCCACAGAAGAAUGGGAUCUCAUAAAAGCUAACUUGGUAUCAGGGUCUAAUCGUCAGAAUGUUAUCAUUGCCGUUACAAUUGAACAAGAAAUGGCCUCUCAUUGCCGUGGAGUUAAGGGAGAGCUCGUGUUUAAUGUCAAAGGUUUGGAAGCUGACACAGCCUUUGAACUCUUCAAGAAGGUAUCCAAGAAGAGUGAAGUCGCAGAGCUACAAGAACUUACGUCACUAUGUGGUGGACUUCCGAAAGUUAUAGUGGAGAUAGCCAGCUCAUUCGCCAAAAAUACAGAUCGAUGGAAACAUACACUUUCUACCAAAAAUAAGUUUAUGCUAGAGCUCGAGAACAACGGAGAGUUUGACAGUCUAAAGGGUCUGUUUGGUUGGAUGAAUUCAUACUUCCGCAAAUGCCCAGAUUCUCUCAAGCCAUGUAUCUUGUAUCUACCAAUUUUCCCUCGAAACCAGCUCAUUCGGCGGAGGCGACUAGUAAGGCGGUGGAUUGCUGAGGGUUACUCCAGGGACAGCCAUGAAGAAUCUGCAGAGAUGACUGGGGAGAAACAAUUCUGUGACCUCAUUAAUCUGAGCAUAAUCCAGCAGGCAUCUGCGUUGGGUUUGGGUGGCACAAGGAUGGUCUUCUGCCAAGUCAAUGGCUUCUUUCGUGAGUAUAUUGUCUCGCGCCAAAUGGAAGAGAACCUUGUGUUUGAACUUAGGGGCAGUUGUGCCUUAACCACCCAACGCACAGGGCGUCACCUUGUGAUAUUAGAGAGCUGGGUCAGAGAUAGAAUUGUGUACGAGAGCAUUGACUUUUCACGCCUCCGGUCACUCACGGUGUUUGGAAACUGGAAAUCAUUCUUCGUUUCUGAAAGUAUGAGGCUUCUUCGGGUGCUUGAUCUAGAGGGUGCAUCAGAAUUAGAGUAUAGCGACCUCAAGAAGAUUGUGAAGUUGAUGUGUCGCCUCAAGUUCCUCUCACUGCGAGGAUGCCAUGAAAUCUGCCAUCUGCCGAGUUCAAUAGGAGGUCUGAGGCAGCUUCAGACUCUUGAUGUUAGACACACCUCCAUAGUCACCCUGCCGGUGAACAUCACCAAGUUAGAGAAGCUGCAGUACAUCCGUGCGGGAACCACUGCUCCAGCAAAUGAAGCACCAACACCACAUCAUUUAGUGCCCCAGCUGUCCAAUUGCUGUGGUGGUCAUCACCUGGUUGGUGUUGUGAUGCCUCCAGGGAUUGGGAAACUGACGGCAUUGCACACACUUGGUGUUGUCAAUGUCAGUGCUUCAGGGACAAAGGCCUUCCUAGAAGAUCUCAAGAAGCUCACCCAUUUGCACAAACUCGGAGUGUCUGGCAUUAACAAGAAUAACAGUAAUGAGUUUUUCCGCGCAAUCUCAGUUCUUGUCCAUCUGGAAUCACUGUCGGUGCGGCUCGAGGACAACAAUCAAGGUUGUUUGAAUGGUAUACCGCUGCCUUUGGAGGGCUUGAGGAGCCUUAAAAUGCAUGGGCUUGGAGACCAGUUGCCAAACUGGAGUGGGCAGCUCACUAUGCUUGCAAAGAUGGAUUUGGAAAUAGCCAAGUUGAUGGAAGAUAAUGUCUCCCCGCACUCAGAAGGUGCGACGCCAGAAGGAAGAAGGAAACCAACUAGGGGUGUCAUCAAGUUCCUAAGCGAGCUACCAGGAUUAUGUAUUCUACGUCUUCGUGUCGAUCACCUUCAAGAUAAUCAGCUUGACGUGUCUGUCAUUACUAAUGACCUAGAGGAAGACUCUUUCAAGAAAAUGAAGAUCUUCGAGAUUGCUUGCAGCUCCAGCUUAGAAGUUAGUUUUGGAGAAAAAACAAUGAAGAAACUUGAGCAGCUGAAGGUCGACUGCUCUAGUGGCUCAUCGUUGUUAGGCCUGAAGCAUUUACCUGAACUCAAGGAAGUCUUGCUCAAGGGUUCCAGUGAUGAAGAACUCAAGGCUGAUCUCAUCGCUGUGCUUGAGAACCACCCAAAGCAAAAGAAACCUGUUGUGAAGUUUGAGAAACUACGAGAGCCUCUUCGUCCUGAUAGUUUGGGAGGUCAAGGGGGUCAUUAAUCUUGUUGCUGGUUUAAUCUUGUAGCACUGCAUCUUAGUUGCUCUGCUUUCAAACAUCAAACCUGGGGCCUUAUACUUCCACAGCGGUCACAUUAGUCACUUGGCAAUUAGUUAUCCUAAGAUUAGCGGGUGUCUUAAUUAGUUAGACUUGGCAAUUCCUUCUUGAUUGAGACAUUAGUUGUACAAGCUAUCAUGCUAAGUGGAUCAAAGCAUAGUCCGUUAUGUCGA